AUGACUUCCGUAUCUGCAAGUGGCAUGCCUUCGUCCAAUGCCACGUCAGCCAAUGCGACCAGUCAAGCCUCGCCGUACGUAGGAACGUCGCCCACCAUCCCGUCGACAUCGCUCAUGGUCAGCAACACCAGCGACACCGCACUCAGCCUCGUCACGUUUGGACCGCUGUCUGCGUGCGUCUCGAUCCCUUGUCUCGACAACGCGGCUGCACCGGUGCUGUCCAACUCGACGGUGGUUGCGCAGCAGCAACUUGAUGCGUGGCUCGGCAAGCUGCCCACCACGACGUGGUGUACGACAAUGGCAUGGACGCUGAGACCCGACUACUCGGAUCCCCUGAAUGCGCUCGCACGGUUUCAAGACCAGAUCAACCAGCUCUUUCCCGCGCAAAACUCGACGUUUGCGGGGAGGAUGCUCGAGGCUCAACCGGCUGGCAAUGCGAGCUUUUUCCAGCCGUCAAGCGGGGCGGGGUUGCUGCUUGCGCCCAUUAGCGGACCGAGGAUGAUGCCGACCAGUUUGCCCGUCUGGAUGGGUGCGGUGAUGGCGGGUGUUGUGCUGGUGCACCUCGUCGCAUUGCUGCUGCAUGUUGGCGCCGAGAUCACAGUCCUCUUCCCCUCGAUCGCGGCCAGAUCCAAUCCUCUCGCGGAGUCUCUGCCAAUGCAGAACGAGAGCACAGCGACGCUCGUCGAACCAAAAAUCGCUCCUGAAGACGGUAAAGUCGAUCCGCCCGGAUACACGGCCCCAGUAGUCCAGCAAGCUGCAGUCGCGGGAGGGGAUGGGCAGGUGCCGGUGGCACGCGCGUGUCGCAGUGCAAAGCGCGUUUGCGUACCGCUACUGCUUCUGGCGGCACUUGGGAUGGUCGGCAUCGCCGUGGUGCUCAACUCGAAGUUCGCCCAGGGACCGGUAGGCGUUGCUUCCUCAGUUGUGGCUGCUUCUACGGCGCCAAUGUCGACAAGUGCGGCCAGUACGAGCGCGAGUAGUGUCUCGGUGACCAGCAGUGUUGCUGAGGCGACGAGCAGCGUUCGACGAGUCAGUCAUGCUAGCAAUGCCACGUCGGCAGAUUCGACGGCUCUGCCAACAGGCACGCUUUCCAUGACACGGCUCAUUCGUCGUCAGACCGACUUCUUCCCCCCCUCCCCAUCCCGCUCGAGCUCGUCCGAAUCACUCGCGCCGACUUCGACCUCUACACCGUCCACGUUGGUGACGAGUCUGGCUACACCGACAUCCUCAAGCGCUGUUCAGAGCAGCUCGUUCUCAUCGCCCACGCCGACUUCAUCUCUAUCGACACAGAGUAUCUCUCCCGCAGCAACACCAGCGCCUGUAGCGAGCACGACCGAUGUGCCGAAUGAGGGGAGGCAGUUGCUGGUGAUGGAGCGGGGCAGCUCGAUGCACCGCGUCUGGUGGAUCGUGAUGCUCGACUUGGUGCUCUGGUUCGUUCAGCGUCGCCGCACCCGUUCGCAGCACGCUCUAGAUAAGGCCCACGCCACUCUUCUCCCGCGUCCGCAAUAG